AUGCUGACUGUGUCCUCUCGCCGUUUGUUUUCAUGGCGCCUUUUUGAGAAGCCUGCUGCGUUCCUCAGUCACCAGUGUACCAGGAGCAGCUAUCGACAGGCGGGUGCCCCGCUUGCCGCUGCUGCACUCGUGCACGCGGGCCGCUUCCACGGCGAUCUUGUUGGCGACCGCAGCAAGCCACUCACCCUACACGUGCAGCUGCCGGACGGUACGAAGCGCGAGGUGACGGCGUACGAAGGGCAAACGAUCCUUGACGUUGCUGCAGAGCAGGGGCUGCCAAUUGAAGGGGCAUGCGGCGGGUCCUGUGCGUGCUCCACGUGCCACGUCUAUUUGGAAAACGACGCCGCCAUGGAGCUCUUUGACGAGCCGACCGACGAGGAAAAUGACAUGCUUGACAUGUCUUUCUUCCCGCAGGCCACUUCCCGUCUGGGCUGUCAGCUCAAGCUGCUGAAGGAGAAGCACGACGGGCUGAGGAUUGAGUUGCCACGUGCCACACGCAACAUGUAUGUGGAUGGCCACAAAGUAACAACGCAUCACUAG